AUGGCCACAAUACCCCUCAAGCCAGAUGACCUUCUUCAGGUCGCGUCCACAGAGUCUACAAGCAGUAGCUCCUCAGCUCUUCCAGCCGCUAAACCGAAGUCGACAACACCCGCUGAGCGCAAGCAGUCGAACGUUCCAGCAGAAUAUCUAAAAUACACAGUAUCUGCCAAGUACAAGUUUAAAGGCACUGCUCCCCUCAGAACAACUGUCCAGUCGGCCAACCCCGUCUCCCACGACGUGAGGCGCCACCCAAUUGGAGAAGACUGUGCAAUCUGCAAACAGUCGACAGCGUUUGCACCACUUUCACAACUGUGGUGGUGCAAAUACAGCUGUGGUCACAACCUCCACAAGGCCUGUGCAGAUGCAGAAUUUGCGAAAACCAAGUCGUCAGGAAAAGGGAAAAAGUGCGGCGCGUGUAGUCACCGAGUGCCACGCGCUCAGUGCGAUUGUCAGGAUGCCCAGGAGCACUAG